UGUCAACCAACAACAACAACACACUUGCUACUCUAUUUUCAUAGUCGUGCGUAGGCGAAUUUCUUACUUUUCUUAUUGAGACCGAAGCGAAAUUUAUGUAAAACCAUAACACUGCAAUUGUAUUAACUUUGCUUGAGGCAACAGUAAACAGAGUAGCUGCAACAAAGGCGUUUAAACACACUAACAACACUUCAAUAUGGGAAACACUGAUUCAAAACUAAACUUUCGCAAAGCAAUCGUACAGCUAACGCAGAAGAAUCAAAAGAUUGACAACAAUGAUGACCAGUUCUGGGAUCAAUUCUGGCAAGCGCAUCAAACAACGUUAGAGGAUGUCUUUGCAUUGGUCACAGCAAGUGAAAUACGUCAAAUAAGAAAUGAUAAUCCAGCUAAUUUGGCUACGCUCUGCUACAAGGCUGUGGAAAAGUUGGCACAGGCUGUCGACAGCAGCUGUCGCACGCAGGCCGAGCAACAAUGUGUGCUGAACUGUGUAAGACUACUCGUACGGCUAUUGCCUUAUAUCUUCGAAGAUGAUAAAUGGCGUGAUUUCUUUUGGAGUAAUCUGCCGGCACAGGAGCAGGCAAAUCAUGGUCAAACGGUGCCCCUGGCUCAAUCCCUUAUCAAUGCCAUAUGUGAUUUGUUAUUUUGUCCAGAUUUCACGGUGACGGCAACAAGGCGUGCAGGGCCAGAGAAGGCCGAGGAGUUGGCCAAUAUUGAUAGCUGCGAAUACAUUUGGGAGGCGGGCGUGGGGUUUGCCCAAUCCCCGCCCCGCAAUGCGCACAUGGAACGCAGGCGGACGGAGCUAUUGAAGCUGCUGCUCACCUGCUUCUCGGAGCCUAUGUAUCGUACGCCUCAGCAAUCUGAGGAGCCCAACAAGUGGAUUGCCUACUUCACCUCUGCAGACAACAGACAUGCGUUGCCUCUGUUCACCUCCUUCUUAAAUACGGUUUGCUCAUAUGAUCCGGUUGGUUUUGGUGUGCCCUACAAUCAUUUGAUAUUCGCGGAUACGACUGAGCCGCUGGUGGAGGCCUGUCUGCAGCUGCUAAUAGUUACUCUCGAUCACGAUAUGGUCGUGCAGCACCAGCAACUGCAACAGCAACAGCAGCAGCAGCAACAUCAAUUGGCUCAUGCUGGAGGCGUGCUGGUCACGCCUUACGACGAGGGCGGAUGUGGUGAUAAUCUGUUCAUCAAUUAUUUAUCACGCGUGCAUCGCGAUGAGGAUUUCCAUUUUGUGCUGCGUGGCAUUACGCGACUGCUUAACAAUCCUCUGGUCCAAAACUAUUUACCAAAUUCAACGAAACGCCUCCAUUGCCACCAGGAGCUACUUAUCUUGUUUUGGAAGAUCUGCGACUACAACAAAAAGUUCUUGUACUUUGUGUUAAAGAGUUCGGAUGUGCUCGAUAUACUCAUUCCUAUACUGUAUCAUUUGAAUUAUUCACGUGCGGAUCAAUCGCGCGUUGGUCUCAUGCACAUUGGCGUCUUUAUACUGCUGCUGCUAUCGGGGGAGCGAAACUUUGGCGUACGCUUGAACAAGGCCUACUCGGCUACGGUGCCCAUGGACAUACCGGUCUUUACUGGUACCCAUGCAGAUCUGCUUAUCACAGUGUUUCACAAGAUUAUAGCCACAGGUCAUCAGCGUUUGCAGCCACUGUUCGAUUGUUUGUUGACGAUAUUGGUGAAUGUUUCACCAUAUCUAAAAACCCUUUCGAUGGUGGCCAGUGUAAAGCUAUUGCAUUUGCUGGAAGCUUUUAGUACGCCUUGGUUUUUGCUCUCGGCGCCUAGUAAUCAUCACUUGGUCUUCUUUUUGCUGGAGAUCUUCAACAACAUUAUACAGUAUCAAUUUGAUGGAAAUUCGAAUUUAGUAUAUACGAUCAUACGCAAACGUCAUGUCUUUCAUGCCAUGGCCAAUUUGCCCACAGAUAUGGCUGGCAUAGCUAAAUGUCUGAGUGGACGAAAAACGGGUGGCAAAUUUAAUUUGCCACGCGUGCCACAGAGGAAGCAGGCAGCAGCAAUGACUAGCCAGGAACUGCCUUCGGCUCAAGUACCGGACGACGAUUAUAUUGACGAGGAGGAAGAGGAGGACGAAGAUGUUGAAAAUAUUGUAGCUGACAAGGAGACUGCUGCUGCUGCUGUUUCUUCUGGUAUUGCCGAAGAGGAUCUCGAAUCAGAAACAGAAUCGCACGAGCGUUCACAGAUGGGAGAUACACAGUUGGACUCUACAGCACCUGUAGCACAGCCCGCCGAGCCCGGAACACUGAAAACCUCUCUGCUGGACACUCCAAAUAUUGGUCAAAUGACCGAAAGCGAACACCCACAUCCCAAUGACAAAGCCAACGACAUGUCGCCCGCCAAGUCCACAUCCCCUACACGUCUAUCUGUCGCACAUAGGGCCAGCAUACGCAUGGUACCGGCUGAAAAUGAUCGCUGGACGCCCACACCUGAAUGGAUUGUCUCGUGGCGUUCAAAGCUGCCGUUGCAAACGAUAAUGCGAUUAUUGCAGGUGCUGGUGCCGCAGGUGGAAAAGAUUUGCAUUGAUAAAGGCCUCACAGACGAAUCGGAGAUAUUGAAGUUCUUGCAGCAUGGCACUUUGGUGGGUCUGCUGCCUGUGCCGCAUCCCAUUUUAAUACGUAAAUAUCAAGCAAAUUCUGGGACUACGGCCUGGUUUCGAACCUACAUUUGGGGCGUUAUCUAUUUACGAAACGUGGAGCCGGCCAUUUGGUAUGAUACUGAGGUGAAGCUCUUUGAAAUACAGCGCGUCUAAAACUGUUAUAAUAAUAGUAAGUGGAACCAACAACAACAAAUACAAUGAAAAACAACAACAGCAACAAGAACGUAGAUUAUCCAAGAAACAACACGCUUUUGCAUUUACUGUAGUUAAUUUAUUUAGUUUUUAAUUCAUUCCACAAACC